ACGCGUUCCCGCCGUGUUGUGCCCGCCCACAUGAGCCCCCGCCCUUGGCGCCGCCGUUGCCCCGCAACGCCCGAGCGGCCGCGGGGAACCGCGGGGUCCGGCGGGGCUGAGGCGCCCCGGCUCCGGCGAGAUGGAACGCGACAACUUCGUAGCGCAGGACAACUACUGGAAAGACCAGAUUGAAAAGGAAGCAGAAGCUGCUAAAAGAUGGGCUGAGAAAUGGGGAUUUUUGAAAACACCUCUUGAGGAGUUGAUUGGAGAUGAAAAGAAAGAAGAUGCAAAGCCCAAGCUUCAGCUUCCAGAUCACCUGCGGAUUCGACCUGUGACACCUGUAGAAAAAUACAUUAAGGUGCUUCCAUCUCCUCCAGUACCUAAAACUACCCAGGGAUUUAUUGGCUGGAGAUCAGGUGAUCCAGCACUGGCACUUGAAACCAAUUUUCAAAUCCAAAGCUGCAAAGGAGCUGUCGGUAGUAAGCAGUGACCAUGUGAGCUCUCUGAGUGACAUUAUGAAAUAAAGAGGCACAAAGACCCACCUGCAUUCCUAAGGAAAUAUCCAGUAGUGGACUGUUGGACUGUUGAUCAUUUCUGCUAUUUAUGUAAAAAUCCAUAAUCAUUGUGGUAAAGUAUGAACAUUUUCAUUUUACUUAAUUGAAUCUAUGGCAUCCAAGCUGUUAACUCUGCUUCAGAGCUUCUGCUUGUAACUUAGAAAUAACAAUGAAUAAACUCAGAAGAUCACAAAGCACAUACUAUUUUUAUUAAUACUAAUAAGACUAUAAUUUAAAAAUUUUCAUUGGAAGUUGGAAUAAUAGUGCAAAUUUUUAUAAUUGUUUCUCCAUGAGAACUUCUACUCAUAAAAUACACUGGGUUUUGUAUUGGGUGUGCUUUGCUGUUAUUUUGUGUAGUUAAUCACGUAAGUGAGUAGUUCCCAGUGAGGAAAUAAAGUACACAAAGGCCACAGUGACACAAAGUCACUUUGAAAAAUCAGUUUUAGUGUGAAAACAGGGUUUUUCCAUUAGUUGAUCAAUAUGCAAAUGGGUUACAAAGGAUUUAUAUCACUUCAGUUUUGUGUAUACCAAUAUUUGCACCAACCAGGGAGAGAUGCUCAGAGCCAGCAGGUGACUGCACUGGGAGUUACUGGAGCAGCUCCCUCAGUGCCCUGGAGCUCAGUCUUGCAUUUCAUUAUGCACCUGAAGAUUUGCCAGGAUUUCUGGAAACUCAGAAGGACUCCCUGAGCUGCUGUUUGCACAGCAUAAUUCUAACUGGCAAGGUGUUCAAACCAGAAGGUUGUUUAAACAAAAAGGAGCCCCCAAGAAUCAAUGCAGGCAGCUCCCUCUAACUCCUUAUCACUUAAAGGGGAAAGGUUUUCCUCUUUAACCCUGCUGCAAGAUCUCCUUUGUGUUCUGCAGCCAUCAAUAUCUAUUGCUUGAGUCAGCACUAAGUCCUUGGCUUUCACAGCAGCAAGGCAGCAGCCAGUGUUUGUUCUUCCCUUCUUCCCAAGAAAUGACUCACAGUGAUCAACAUCCCACCUUUUUUUUUUUAACAUCCAUUUCCAAAUGCCCACAAAAUAAUAAUAUUUUACUUUUUUCCAUAUUCUUUACAAAUAAUGGAGAAGUGAGUCAUAUCCUUUGGAAAGAUUACCCAAGAAAGAGAGCACAUAGCAGAAGUAACUUCAGACACUUUACUUAAAAACCAGAAUAAAGAAUAACUUGGAAUCAGACUCUGGAAAUUGAAGUUAAAUUGCAGUUUAGCUACUAACCAUAACCUGUGUACACUGCUCUUUGGACAACCAAGAUAAUUGUAAGAACAAUAUUUAAAUUCAGUGUGCUUUCUUCUCAUUGCCAGGUUUCUAUCUUUUGCUCAUUUUAAUCACAUGGUAUGUGGUUCUUCAGUUUAUUUUAAGGUCAUAAGAUCUUACUCUUGUCUGGUUUACAUAAACAGGUAUAAUAAUGAUUAAUACGUCAUUUAGUAGCAAUUAAAUUCCAAUAAUUGAGGCCAAAUAAAAGGGGACUUCACUGGCUUUUAAAGAGUUCUAUUAAAGAAUCAAAGCUGGCAUCAAAUACCCAGUGGAUGUUUCUAUGAAGUGAAAUCCAAAUCCAGAUGAGCCAUGGCUUGAUUUUGAAAACCAAAAUAAAUUCUUUGUCCAGCAUCUACAGUUGGACAUUCCUGACUCUUCCUCCAAUGUCUGAAUAUUAACUCUGUCCUGACAGUAAGGGUUUUGUAUUGUGCAUUCUGUCCUUUAAGAUACCUUUAUUUCAGGAGAUACUUUGAUAGAGACUAGCUUGGGAUUUGCAAGGAAUAUAAUCUAAAAUUUUAAGUAAUUUCUUUAUCAUAAAUCCCAUGUAUUCAGGGUUUUGGUGUUAUGUGAUACUAGUUUUUUCCCAACACUUCUAACAUUUUACAUGAGAAAAAAAAAGUGUGUAGAAGCUGUGGAUCUGCAGCUGACAAAAGACUACCCAGUCAUCUGCCCCAGUUGUGAAUCCUAAAGGUCAUUACAGAAUUAUUGUAUCACCUUGUUAUGUUUGAAACCUGGCCUUUAAUUUAUGGAAAUUAACCUAUUUAUUGGAGCCAGGUUGGGUACAUAAAUGCCACUGCACACUGUAAAAUAUCACACGUCUCCAGGGUCAGGACAGUGUUAGUAAACUCUGCACACAUCAGAAAAUGCUUCAAAACAAAAUUUAAUCACUUCAAAAGUGCAACAAAAGUCUAAACUGUUUUAAUUUUGUGUAAAAGUGUUAGACCUGUGUUUCUGUGCAAGUCAGAGCAGAACCAAAUUAUGAGAACAAGGUGUAAGUGUAUUUAGAUGUCUUUGAUGCUCCAACCAAAAUUUCAUUUGUCUUUUGUGAAGCUUCUGGUGAGCACUGGGAGCUGCAGAGCAACUCCUUGGUUGACAAAAUUUUUUCAGAAAGCUGAAGCCAUCUGGCCUCUGGUGUUGUUUUCAGGUAAACUUUGCUAACAGAUUCAUUUUACAGAAGGGCUGUGGAUGGUCUUUCUGAACUGUACACACAGAAAUGUUACCCAGUCCAGAGCCAGAGGUGGAAACAGGUCAGCCCCACAUCUGCCACCAAGGAUGGUCCCUGCAGGUGCUCUCCUGGAUGUGUGAUGAAAUACCAGCAAAGGCUUAAAUGGCAGCAGUAUUGAAGUUGAAGAACAAUGAAAUCAAAGUUAUCUUUUUCACAAGCACUCACUUAACAAACAACAAAAUUGGGGGACAAAAACCUGGUGUUUUGCUUCACAAUGUGUUCUCUUCUGUGCUGUUAGAACUGGCACAGAACUGGCACUUGCUAUUUAAAACUUCAUUAAUAUAAGAUGCUUUACCAGGAGCUCAUAGUCAGAAGAUUGCUGUUUAUUUAAAAUGCAUUUUACAGAGAAUAAAGGUUUUUUUAUUAGAUCAUAGUUACUGGUGAUUCUGAGUAAGUAGCACUAACUGAGAUCACCAAUUAAGAGUUGCUGUACAUUUGGAAAGAGGCAAGGUGAAAUGCAGCCACAGCCUGUGCACAGGCAAGUGAUGCAGUGCCUGAAAGGGUGCUUGGAGAAUAAACCUCAGUGCUCUGCAUGAGACAUCUCUGCAGUGACAUGCUGUGACAUACCACAGACACUCACUGCAGUCCUAAGGCUGAGCAUCAAACUCCUGUUUCCAGCUCAUCCUGUGGGCUGCUCUGUCACUAACUUUGGUUCUGAGAUUGUUUCCUUACAAAACAGAGGAUGUACAUUUUAUUACUGUAAUUUUCAGAGACAUAAGGCUCCCCAUUCACAGGCAUCAUUUCCUCCUUUAGUGAAGGAUUCUUUUGGUUCCUUCCACACUGUACAAAGUAGCAAAAUGACAAACAUUGAUCUAAAAGAGUCACAGAAACCUGCUUCCCUGUGAAGCCCAGCCCAGCCCUUGCUUUGUGUUCCUCACUGUGUUGUGUUUUGUUCCCUUGAAGCCCUGCCCUUGUAGCAAGACAGAUAAGGCCCACUCACAGACUAUUACCUUCUUUCUGGCUCCUGUGGUUUUCACAUCCCAUCAAAUUGUCAUUUAGCUGAAAGCCUGUCAGACCAUUGCACUGGACCAUACUGGAAUAAAUUUGACUGUACUGGAAAUUGA